GUGAAAACUUAAUUUAGGAGAAUUCUAAUUGUAUUACAGGUUUGAUGUUAUUUGUGUGCUGUGCCACAAAUUAACCGUCAUGGUGAAAUUGUAGGGUUAGGUGUUGGGUAAAAACUUAAGAAGGAAAAAAAAGAGAAGUAUAUGAUAAAAAGGGAAAAAAAAAUGACAGUUUCACUAAACUCCUUAUAUUAUAUUAUGUCUGAACCGCCCACUCAAGAAUACUCUUCACCUUUUUUCCUCUUCUCUUACUCUCUAUAAUAAUUCUUUCACCGAUAAACACACACACACACACAGAGAAAUCCCUUUUUAACUCCAAUCUCCAAAACCUCAAACCCAGAAAAGAAGAUUGAAUUUGUUUGUAGGAAAUACCAGCGACCAUGUCUUCGCCAAGCAAACGCCGUGAGAUGGAUUUAAUGAAACUGAUGAUGAGUGACUACAAGGUGGAGAUGAUGAAUGAUGGCAUGCAGGAAUUUACGGUGGAAUUUCAUGGGCCUAAAGAGAGUCCUUAUCAAGGUGGUGUGUGGCGGAUAAGAGUGGAAUUGCCAGAUGCUUAUCCUUAUAAAUCUCCUUCAAUAGGUUUUGUCAACAAGAUUUACCACCCCAAUGUGGAUGAAAUGUCAGGUUCAGUUUGUUUGGAUGUUAUCAAUCAGACAUGGAGCCCCAUGUUUGAUUUGGUGAAUGUAUUUGAGGUGUUUCUUCCUCAACUUCUUUUGUAUCCCAAUCCAUCUGAUCCGUUGAAUGGGGAAGCUGCUGCUCUUAUGAUGCGUGAUCGAAAUGCUUAUGAUCAGAGAGUUAAAGAGUAUUGUGAAAAGUACGCCAAACCAGAGGAUGCCGGUGCUGUCCCGGAGGAAAAAUCUAGUGACGAGGAGGUGAGUGAAGACGAGUACGCGUCCAGUGAUGAGGAAGUUGCUGGCAAAGCUGAUCCCUGAGAAUGAAGGGAUACAAAGAUUUCUUUUAACUGUGUCUGUACAUGAAUAAGUCUUAAUAUGUAACAGAUUUCCCAUUUGCUGAAAGAAUAGUUCAUGCUUCUGUUUUCAUGUUGUACUCGCAUUGUCCAUAUUCAUUCAUUCUGUCUUACACCAAGUUGUUGUGGUGACUUAAAGCUAAGUAAGUCAGCAGGCUUGAUUUGGUUCGAGUAUUAGGGUUGCUUAAGAAUUCUCAAGAACAUAUGAAAUUUGUCGGCUUAUCUUUAAUGUAGAAUGCAUUUAUGGAAACAGGCCUAGAUUGUCGAUAUGCCAUUUGUGGUUGAGUUCUUGCCAUUAUUGUUUCUACUGCGAGC